AUGUCUGCAAAUAUUCCAGCCAAAGACUUCGUUCCUUUGUUAAGAGAAAUAAUACAAGUUGCUGAUGAAAUUAUAGAAUUUUAUCAAAAUGUAAAGUAUAAUAGACGAAUUUGUGGAUUCCUAAUUCUUAAAAUACAAGUAGCUCGUGCAUCAAUAAGCAAUCUAGAAAUUUGUGCGAAUGAAUUUCCUGAAUCCACUGAUUUUUUUACUCCAGACAAUA